AUGGCAUCCAACAACAACAAUUUUGAGUGGGAUGCUCCCUUCGAAUUUGACCCGGUUCCAGUCCCAGACAGUUGGGAAAUGGUAGCAAACACACCUUUCACGCCCCAACCUCCUCUUCCUGAUAUUGAUCCGUUGAUCUUUAAGGAUUACGCGCCCGAUUCCGAGAGCGUUUAUUCAUUUUCUGAUACUAAGGAGUUAGAAACUUUGGUUAUGCAAGAAGAAAGGGUUGCGAGUGGCGCCAGCAGUGCUUCAAAGGAAAAGGAGCCCAGAUUCCCACCAACAACAGAAGUUAUUGACCUAGAAGAGGAGGUUGGGGUUCAACCGGAAGAAUCUCGGACGGGAAGAGGUCGAAUAACUGCCGGCGUCGAUGUUACCACAAUAUCGUUCGACUUGAUCCGAGUCAAAGAUCAUCCCAGCACAUAUAAUAUGGUCAUGUACGAUGAAUCGAGUUCUGAAGUAGUAGAAGUUCCAGGCGUAAAAGAUGAGAGUCGUCUGGUUUUCCCCCAUUUACUGAAAAGAUGGAAGAAGGAGACCAGAGAACGCCCUGAUGGCAACCAGGAUGAGUUCUUUUCACAUUCAGGGAGCAACGAAGUGUUUCGAUCGGCAAACGAGGUGGUGAAAUUCAUCAUGGAACAGAACAAUUUGAUGUAUCGCAAACAUGCCAACAAUGUGGAAAAUAAGUUGAAGGUCUCUCAAGAUCAUCAAAGGCAUCAUCAUGGUAUUUCAGAAGCAGACCCUUCAGCAUCAUCAUCAUCAUCCAAUCCAAUUAAAAGAUUUAGGACGAUGGAGAGGAACUUCAACAAACAAUAG